AUGACGGCUUGGAAAGCUAGGACUCUUUCUCUUGCAGGCCGUGUGACUCUUGCUACUGCUGUUCUCAAUGCUAUUCCUUCCUACAUUAUUCAGACUACGAUGCUGCCUAUGUCUAUCUGUGAUCUCAUUGAUAAGAAAAUUAGGUGGUUUGUAUGGGGAUCACAGCUGGGUAGAAGGAAGGUGCUCCAAAAGAAAUACUUCCACCACAAAGAUGGGAAGAUUGUCUCAGCUAAGAAAAGCAAUCAUUCCAAUUUAUGGAAAGCUGUUAUGAAGGCGAUGCCUUACAUGAAAAAAGUCAUGGUCUGGAGCCUGAGAGAGGGAAAAGACAUAGGAUUCUGGACCCAUCCAUGGCUGAGCAACGACACCUACCUCUCGGAGUUCGCUACUAGACAGUUGACUGAGGAGGAAGCCAACUCAGCAGCUGCGGAUUGGACUACUGAAGAUGGUGAGUGGAACUGGACCAAGCUGAAGGAUUGUCUUCCUAACGAUCUCCUUGUGCACAUUGCAGGCAUGUAUGCUCCAAAAACAGGGUUGGGCGAGGACAUCACCACUUGGGGACUGGAGAAAGACGGCCGCUUCAGACUCAAAUCCGCAUAUAACCUGGUUGUUGGGCAUGUUGAGGAGGAUCAUGAAGACGGCUGGAAGAACUUAUGGAGAUGGAAAGGCCCUAACAGGGUCAAACUCUUCCUCUGGUUGGUGUCUCAUAACAGACUGCUCACGAAUUCUGAAAGGAAGAAGCGACAACUGACAACGAAUGGAAACUGCAACCACUGCACAAAUGAAGAGGAAACAGUGGAACACAUUCUGAGAAGAUGCAAGAAAGCAAAGAAGAUUUGGAUCUACUUCCAUGACAAGAUCACUUCGAAAGAUGCUAGCUUGGACUUUAAGCAAUGGAUCAAUGCUAACAUUAAGAAUGAGGAAGCCAACGCAAAUGAAAAACAGUGCAUCCUCCCUAACCAGCCUACAAAGACAAGCAGAGAACUGGCCUGGAGCCCUCCCCUUGAAGGGUGGAUUCAGGUGCAGACUGACGACUCGGUCUCCUCUCCCUCUGGUAACGCGGCAGCAGGAGGAUUGAUCAGAGAUUGGCUGGGAAGAUGCUGUGAUGCGUUCACUUGCAACCUUAGCAAGAGCUCGAUCACGCGCGCUGAACUCAAGGGCGCUGCUACAGGGCUCGACUUGGCCUGGAAUAUGGGAUACAGAAAGGUGGAGCUGAACUUAGACUCCACUACGGCAAUCAGGAUCAUCAAAAACUGGGAAGACGACAGUCAUUCCUAUGGCGUGCUAGCCUGUCAGUUUGGGAACCUCUUAAGUAGGAAUUGGACUGUUGUAGUGAAUCAUAUUUAUAGAGAAUGUAACUGUGCUGCUGACUUUUUAGCGUCCAAAGGGCACGAUAUGGAUUUUGGCACACAUCGUUUCAAUGUGUGCGACCCUCGGCUCGAUUACUGGCUUUUGUAUGACGUCAUGGGAGUUUCUACCUCCCGGAUCAUUAAUACUAUGAAGGGAAGCGUUCUGGUAGAGAAAGGAAAAUCCAAGAGGGAAGUGUUGAUUGAGUCUAGCAAGUGA